UCACUCAAACAAAGAGAACUCCAAGUCCAAAGAGUUCUUCACCUACCCCUACCACCACCACCAGCAGCAGUAGCUCCAAUGCUACUUCUCCUCCUGCUGGUUUGGUGUUUAUUUCUUUAAAGAAUUCACUCACUGUUCACAUAUGCUCUUUUAAUGGUGCUGUCAUGGAAACUGUUCACACUGUUGAUUGCAGCAGCAGUAUAACGUCAGCACUGAGAUAUUAUGAUCCCAUCAUAAAGAAACACAAAUGCACCAAUCCUUACAUCACUUCAUUAACAUGUACACAAUCUCAGCUACUGAUUGGUACCUCCACUGGUGUACUUAUUACACUAUCGCUAGUGGGAGGAGCUAACACUCAUCAACUCCACCCACUAAUCAGAGGUCACGUUGAUAGAGUGAGUACCCUGGUAUCAGUUCCGCCCACUCACACUAAUAGUAAUUAUCAAGUGUUUAUAAGUGGUGGCCAUGGGCUGGAGGAUAUUAAUAAAGCAAGAGCUAGUGAUGAUGUAUCAGAGACUGAGGGAUGUCUUCUCUUUUGGUAUUUAUCAUCUACUAAGAAUCAACAGCUGCACUGACUGACUGUCACAUGACUAUCACAUGAUUAAUAGCAUUUUAUUGUUUGUGUAUGUUUUAAGAUUAGCAUGACAUUACAAAUAAAAUUUGUGUAUUAUUAAUAAUUAUUAAAAAUUAAAACUUCAUGUCUGCAACUACUUGUAAA